AUGUUAACAGUUUUUCCUGAAAGGAUCAUAUUUGUUUUACUGUCUUCUGUAGUGACUACUGUCUCUUUAUUUCUAACUGUUGAGAAUUCUGUCCUUUUAGUUAUAAUUGAGGGCUUUGCUGUAUCUCUAGUAUUAGUUCUAGUGACACCUGUUUCUAUAGCAUUAGCUGUGGUGACUGCUGUCUUCUUGGUAAUACCUGUGGUGACUGUUGGCUUUUCAGUUUUAUCUGGUGUAGCUGCUGGCUUUCCAAUCUUAUCUGAGGUGACUGCUAACUCUCCGGUUUUAGCUGAAGUGACUACUGAUUUUCCUGUGUUAGCUGUGGUUCCUUUAGACUUCUCAGUGUUAGCUGUGAUCCCAUUAGUCUUCUCAUAUUUAGCUGUGGUUCCUUUACUCGUCUCGGUGCUAGCUGUGGUUUGUUUAGUCUUCUCUGUGUUAGCUGUGGUUCCUUGUGUCUUCUCAGUGUUAGCUGUGGUCCCUUGUGUCUUCUCAGUGUUAGCUGUGGUUCCUUGUGUCUUCUCAGUGUUAGCUGUGGUCCCUUGUGUCUUCUCAGUGUUAGCUGUGGUUCCUUGUGUCUUCUCAGUGUUAGCUGUGGUCCCUUGUGUCUUCUCAGUGAUAGCUGUGGUUCUUUUACUCUUCUCUGUGUUAGCUGUGGUUCCUUGUGUCUUCUCAGUGUUAGCUGCAGUUCCUUGUGUCUUCCUAGUGUUAGCUGUGGUUCCUUGUGUCUUCUCAGUGUUAGCUGUGGUUCCUUGUCUCUUCUCAGUGUUAGCUGUGGUUCCUUGUGUCUUCUCAGUGUUAGCUGUGGUUCCUUGUCUCUUCUCAGUGUUAGCUGUGGUUCCUUGUGUCUUCUCAGUGUUAGCUGUGGUCCCUUGUGUCUUCUCAGUGUUAGCUGUGGUUCCUUGUGUCUUCUCAGUGAUAGCUGUGGUUCUUUUACUCUUCUCUGUGUUAGCUGUGGUUCCUUGUGUCUUCUCAGUGUUAGCUGUGGUCCCUUGUGUCUUCUCAGUGAUAGCUGUGGUUCUUUUACUCUUCUCAGUGUUAGCUGUGGCUCCUUGUGUCUUCUCAGUGUUAGCUGUGGUUCCUUGUGUCUUCUCAGUGUUAGCUGUGGUUCCUUGUCUCUUCUCAGUGUUAGCUGUAGUUCCUUGUGUCUUCUCAGUGUUAGCUGUGGUUCCUUGUCUCUUCUCAGUGUUAGCUUGUUAG